GUCGCAACCCAACCACGUUUCAAAAAUGGCCAACUUUGGCGAGUACCCGCCAAAUAUGGCGCCCCAGGAUGCCCUGGUAGUGCGCGAACAGGCUGGUCCUGACCACGCUGUUGUUCCAUACUCUGCGGAAGACCUAUCGCGACCCAAGGCCGGCCCAGCGAACCCAUUCAAAGACGAGCCCAAGAACCUGAAACGCAAAAACGUGUUGACGGGACAUGCCGAGGAGACAUUUAUUAGCGAACACACCUUCAGAGCGAAGCACCAGGCCAUUCAAAGGAAAGGCGGCCCUGAACGAGCCUACCAGACCGUACAGGAACGCAAGGCCGAAGAAGCUAGACUUCGUGCGACAAGAGAAGACAAGGGCAGCUCGAGUAUUGUCGAGGGUCCAGGAGCGUACAUUGGCCCCUGGGCGAGAUACAACCGGCCACAGCAUGAAAUUGUACGCGACGACGAGGAGCUGGCAAGCGACGAAGAAUACGAAGAAGUUACAGACGAUGAGGUAGUCGAGAGUGGUACUGUCAUCAAGGCACCCGAAGUUUCUGUUGCGCGUAGAAAAGAGGUGGAAGAACAAGGCGAAGAAACAACUACGUUUCACGGCUCGCAAGAAUUCGAUUACCAGGGCAGAACGUACAUGCACGUUCCUCAAGAUCUGGACGUCGACCUUCGCAAAGAGUUUGGCAGCGCGACAAACUAUAUCCCCAAGAAGCAGAUUUACUCGUGGAAAGACCAUUCAGGUGCUGUUACAGCUAUGCGUUUCUUCCCAUCCUCUGGUCACCUGCUUCUCUCCGGAAGUGCAGACACAACAAUCAAGAUCCGCGACAUGUAUCACGACAAGGAAUUGCUUCGAACAUAUUCUGGCCAUACAAAGGCCAUUUCGGAUCUUUGCUUCAAUACAACAGGCACUCAAUUUCUCUCUGCUUCAUACGAUCGCAUGAUGAAGCUCUGGGACGCCGAGAAGGGUGUUUGCAUUAGCAAGUUCACGACUGGCAAGAUGCCACAUGUUAUCCGUUUCAACCCUGAUCCGGAGCAUUCCAAUGAAUUCGUGGCAGGUAUGUCUGAUAAGAAGAUUGUACAAUUCGAUAUCAGAGCGCCCAAGGACAUUGUCCAAGAGUACGACCAUCAUCUUGCUGCUAUCAACACCAUUACCUUUGUCGACGAUAACCGACGUUUCAUCACCACCUCCGACGAUAAAUCUCUACGCGCAUGGGACUACAAUAUCCCGGUUCCAAUCAAGUACGUUGCUGAACCGGAUAUGUACCCUAUGACUAGAGCCGCGCCUCACCCAAGCGGCAAGUACGUUGCGUUCCAGAGCUCGGACAACCAGAUCCUUGUCUAUAGCGCAAAUGACAAGUUCCGCCAGAACCGCAAGAAGAGCUACCGCGGCCACAAUAAUGCCGGUAUGGGCAUUGAUCUGGACUGCAGUCCUGAUGGCCAGUUCCUUGCGUCCGGUGAUUCAGGAGGCUACAUUUGCUUCUGGGACUGGAAGACGUGUAAAAUGUAUCAUAAAAUGCAGGUCAGUAAACAGGCCAUUACUUGCAUCAAGUGGCAUCCUCAGGAGACGAGCAAGGUGGUUGCUGCAGGCUUGGAUGGCGAAAUCAGGUACUUUGAUUAGUCAACGCUACAAAGUGUAUAGUAGCUUUCUGGGGUUUAUGGAUUCACAUAGCAUGGCGUUUAUUCGGUUCCAAUUAAUAUAUUACUCCGAAGAUAUUGGGGUUACAUUUCCAUC